AUGGAUUGUAAAAUAUAUAAAGAGUGGUCAACAUCUAAUGAAACAUACUGUGUUUGUAAUGAACUAUGUGAAGAAGAACAUUGGAUGGUAAAAUGUCCUAUGUGUCUUGAGUUGUAUCAUCCUAGUUGUAUUGAUCAAACUCGAAACGAUAUUGAAUAUAAUAUUGAUAAAUGGAAGUGUCCAUUUUGUGAAGAACAUGAUGAGACAGAUAUCCAUGUAUAUUUUCGUUCUGGUAUCAAUCGUUUAUUAUAUACGGGAAAUAGAACAACAAAUCCAUUCCCUGUAACAAAUGAUCUUGAUAGAUUACUAAAUAUUGCAAUUGUUGUUGAUGAUGCUACUGCUGAUUCGUUAAAUGCAGAGGUAGCUCAACAACAAAAUACAUUUGAUAAAUUUCGUGGAGCUGAUAUUGAUUUAUUACAAACACUUGAUAUUAGUUCUAUAGACAAUUCAAUGGUUGAACAAAAAAGAUGUUUGCUUGUUACAUCAUUAGCGAAUUCAGAUACAGAAAAUCGUUAUCGAAAUUUUCAAUUAUUAAUUAUUCGUUAUCCAUAUGAUCAUGAACUUCUUAUACGUUGUACAAAACGUUGGAAUCGUACACUAUCAUUUGUAUGGCUUUUACAUUUAUCAUCAUAG